AUGAUCGUUCUCCAUCCAUCCCCUGGUUCCAUCGCCCUCUGCAAGGUCACCGAGCUCGUCCCAUCCCACCGCUGCAAUGCACUGUCCCAGCAUGCACCACUGCAGUCCCCCUCUCCCACCUUCACACAGAGACACUCUCACAUUGUCGGCUCUGACCCCAGCUCGCCAGGGGUCUCGGCGGACCGGAGCCUGGCCCAGAUACAGACCCCGCUGCAGAAACAUGGAUCCUACCGUCGCAUUAUUACAGACCGAGACAUCUGCUGUGACGACGCAAACAUCCCGGAAUAG